AUGGCUCCAACCUGCUCCAAGUCAUUUUACUAUGAUGAGUUGAUGGGUGCAUGCGAACCCUGUCAGCUGCGGUGCAACAAUUUGCAAACACGACCCAGCGUGUGCCAGGAUGACAUCUGUCUCGAAAUUCCAGAAUCUUCCACGUCUACCUGGAGUAAUGAGACAGUUCGAAACUUCUGGGUUAUUAUUGGAUUGCUUCCACUUUUAAUUAUAGUGUUGUUUGUGUUCGCAUUUGUUCUUCGAAAAUUACACCAAAGGAAAUCAAGAACAUUGUUUAAAUCUACAGGUGAUGAGGUUACGUACGAUAGCAGUGCCACUGUUUCAGGUUCCAAGGAACACACUUUGGCUAAAGAUGAACAGAGAUUCUCUCCUGUGAGGAAUCAACAAUAUGAACUGUGUGUGGAAAGUGAAGUUACCAAUUGCACAUCUCGAGGAAAUGGAAUAAAAACGUUGGAAGCAGGUACUCAGGAAAACUGUGACUGUGAUGCUUCACUUCCUUUACCAGCUACUGAAGAAGGAGCAACAAUUCUUGUCACAACCAAAACUGUGGAAUGGUGUAGCAAAAAGGUCUGAUUUUCUAAACUGCAAAUAAACUGACAAGGUCCC